AUGAAUUCCGAUAUCCAAAAAACAAUCAGGUGUGCAGUUGUUACGGGUAGAAAUAAGGGAAUUGGAUUUGAGAUUUGUAAACAAUUAGCUUCAGUUGUGUUAACAACUAAAGAUGUAACUAGGGGAUUAGAAGCUGUUGAAAAUCUCAAAAUUUCUUUUGGAAUUACUAAUGUUGUUUUUCAUGAACUAGAUGUCAUGAAUCCAAUUACUAUUUUUUCUCUUGCUGAUUUCGUACAAAACCAUUACGGAAAGCUUGAUAUCUUGGUGAAUAAUGAUGGAAUUUCUGGAAUUAUUACUGAUUCUGCUGGUUUUAUGGUAAUGGUGCAAGCUCUUGGUGAGGACAAGAACAAAGAGAAACCAAAUUUGAAACAAAUGGUGCAACAGACUUAUGAAUCAGCGGUAGAAUGCCUACAAACAAAUUAUUUCGGUGUCAAAUCAGUGACUAAAACACUUAUUCCAUUACUUCAACUCUGUGAUUCAGUAAGAAUUGUUAAUGUCUCCUCCAGAGGAGGAAAGUUGAAGGGACUUAUUACACAUAUCUCGAACAAAAAGGUUUUGCAAAUGCUUAGUGACGGUGAUGGCUUAACAAAAGAUAAAGUGGAUGAAAGUAUGAACAUAUUUUUUCAUGAUUUAAAGGAAGAUUCGUUAGUAACAAAAGGACGUCCUUCAUAUAUACCUGCAUAUAAAAUCUCAAAAGUAUGUUUGAAUUCUUAUACAAGGAUUUUAGCAAGGGAAUUUCCUACUUUUCGCAUAAAUUGCGUAUGUCCUAGUCGGGUCAAGACAGAUAUUAACUACAAUACUGGAUUUCUCACAACUGCAGAAGGUGCAGAAACAAUUGUAAACUUAGCUUUUGUACUUGACGAUGGACCUUCCGGUUUGUACUUUACCAAUGGAGAAGUAACACCGUUUUGA